AUGUCAUCCACCCUCCCCCUCUCCCUUCCACCCUCUCACGCCGCCCUCUCCACCCUCCUCAAAUCUCCCGACGACCUCCAGAACCUCCUCUCCCUCAAAACCGACCUCCUCCGCAAGAAAUCCGCCGUUGACACUCAUCUCAAAACCUCCCUCUCCGCCCAACUCCUCACCACCACCUCCGGCAUGACCCUCCUCCAAACCAGCACCAAGACCGUCCAAGCCAUCAAGGAAGAAAUGCAGAAGAUCGACCGUCUAUGCGCGGAACAACAGGGUAUGAUCCGUGAUUUUCCCGAGAUCAACCGCAUGAGUGUGCUGCAGAGGAAUUUCGGGGCGGUGGAGGGGAUGAGGGGACAUGUGGUGGGGUUUCGGGAGAGGUUGGAGGAGGUUGAGGCGGGGUUGAGGGAGGAUGAGGGGGAUUUGGAGGUUCAGGAGCAUCUUUUGGUGGUGCAUGAGGGGUUGAGUGCGUUGAGAGAGGUUAGGGAGGAGGCUAUGGAGCAGGUUCGUGGUAGCGAUGGGGCGGAGGGGGAAAGUGGGAUGGAGUUGAUUGAGAAUCUGGUUGUGGAUCCCGAGACGGGGGCGACGUUGGGGGAGUACUUUAGGCGGUUGGAGGAGGUGGUCGGAUGGUUCGACGAGCAUGUUUUCUCUGCUUGUGGGAAUUUGAUUGCGCUGGUGCAGGCGGGGUGUAAUGGUUUGGUUGUCCGGCUUGGGUUGGUGAUUGAGGAGGAAGAGGGCCGGGAUAGGCGGGUCAAGGCUUUACGGGAGGCGCAGAAGGAGUUUGGGGGUGUGGCGAAACGGUUCGCGAGUAUGCGGGUGCAGCAGAGGGAGGUGAGGGGGUAUAAGGACAGACUACUGCAGGCUGUCAGGGCGAGCGCGGAGGUGCAGUUUGAGGGUACGAAAGCUGCUUUCGACGAGGAUCCGGAUCGAUUGGAGAAGAGCUGUCGUUGGUUCUUCAACGAUCUGAAUACCGUCAAACUCGGCCUCGUUGAUCUGCUACCGAAGAAAUGGAAGAUCUUCCGCACGUAUACACGGAUCUACCACCAACUCAUGCACGAUUUCCUCCUCCAGCGCCUCGACGAUCCGCAGUUGACGCCGGCGCACAUGCUGGCUAUACUGAACUGGGCCCCGAAAUAUCACGAGAAAGUUCGCCGUUUGGGCGUGGACACGGAUUCCCUGGUUCCAUCAAUUAUAGACGACCGCGAACCGGAACUCGUCCGUGAGUACCGCUCUCUUAUCAUGAAAGCGGUGGAGGAAUGGAUGGAUAGAAUGGCUCGCGCCGACUCUCGCUCCUUUUCUGCUCGAGACGAAACUUCUCUCGAUCAAGACGCCGAGGGGUGUCUCCACACUAAGAGUCUUGGCGAUAUGUGGACGAUGCUGCGCGAACAGCUAGCGGUUGCGCAGGCGAGUGGGAGAGCGGACGUGGUAGAAGGGGUCGUGGACGCCAUGAUCCGUGCCUUGAAACUCCGGCAGAAAAUGUGGGAGGGACUUGUAGACGGGGAGUUCAAGAAGAUCAGCGAACAAGCCUCCAUACCCGGUGCUGCGCCGAGCGAAAUCGAAGGGUUGUCAGCAUAUCAAGACUGGCUAGUCGCAAUCGCCAACGAUCAAAUCACCAACAUCGACGACGACCCCACGGCCGAAAUCCCCACGACUUCCUUCCUCACCCACUUCAAAGCCGACUUUGAACCCCUCGUCUCUCCCUCCUACCCCGUAACCAUCGCACCAGAACUGGAAAGUCUGACGAAUGCGUAUAUCGACCUCGCAUCGCAUUGUAUGCACCUCUUCGCCUCCCUCCUCUUCACAACCGACUUCCGCACAGUCGUCCGCACGGGCUUCUUCACACCGGCAUGGUAUUCCGCGGCUGGGACGCAAGGCGCAAUGAAACAGAUCACCACGACCUUCAACGAUUACUUACAGGGUGAGAACCCAGUUUCCCUCGUCCUGCACCCUUCACUCCGAGAGAUCUUACUGGAGGAACUAAGCAACGCCUUACUCCUCUCCUACCUCAGCGCCCCCCUCCUCCGCCCGCCCCCACCCGGCGGCAUCAAAUUCCGGCGUCAAGACCCUUUCACCGAUCUCAUCCGCCAAGACAUUUUGACGGUCUUCGCCUUCUUCCAAAAUUACCCUGAUACUUUCCCCUUGGUCAAGGAUAAAUGGCGCGCUGUCAACGCUUUUGAAUCCCUGAUCUCGACUCCUAAAGUGGCGGAGGGAGGUGGUUCAGGAGUUGUGGAGGCUUUUGUCGGGGUGAAGCAAGGUUGGUGGGACGUUCAGCUUGGAUGGGUCGAGGCGGUUUUGAGGUGUCGGGAUGAUUUUGAGAGGGGAAUGGUUUCGGGGGUUAAGGGAGCGGCUGGCGGGGUGGAGGUGGAGAGGGGGUUGGAGACUGUGCUUGGGCGGGUGAGGUGA